AUGGAAGGCUCAAACAAAGGUGAAGGCAAGAAAAAAAAUGUAGGGUCCGGUUCGAAGGCGAGGGCUCAAGAUAAACGCGGUGGUUCGGGUGGUUCUAGUGUGCCGUUUCAUCCCCAACUUGGGUUUGACAAUCAAACCCAACCUCCAUUUUUUUUAAACCAACCCAUUCAUCCAAAUUUCGGUUAUGAUAGCCAGCCCCUCCAAAAUUGGAUGCAACAUGGUCCGACGAUGAUUCGACCCGGUUAUUAUGAUUACUCCCUAGACGCCCAAAAUGCUUUUGACCCGUUUGCUUUUCAAACCCCAAGCUCACAAUCACCGAAAUACAUACAAGAUGACUCCGAUGAAGAGUUCGUGCCGGACACCCAAGAGCAACAUUAUGAGGAUGAAGAUGUUGCGGUUCAAGAAAAUCCCGUGAACCAAAAUGAAGCCGCACCGGAAAGAAGAGGAAAAGCGAAACGGGAAAAUUGGACGCCAAAACAAGAAGAGGCGUUGGCAAAGGCUUAUGUUCAUUGGACUUUAAAUAAAAAGAAAGGCAAUCAACAAAAGACGGAUGGUUUUUGGAAGCAAGUUCUAAACCACUUCAAUCAAACGGUUGGAGGAAGUAACCGAACCCACCACCAAGUUCGAUCAAAAUGGCUCGCGAUACAAACAAAAUUGAACACAUUCAACGGUUUAUAUCAUCAAGCGGAUCGUUUACGUCCUAGCGGGAGUGAUGAUUCUUUUGUAAUGAAGCAAGCGCUAAAGGAUUACAAAAGCAAAGAAGGAUAUGACUUUGCUCAUAUUGCGGCUUGGGAGGUUGUUAGAACAAAUCAAAAGUGGUCGUCGGUACCCUUGUUGGGUGAAGAAAGCUCCGGCUCGAGUCAAAAAAGAAAGUCUUCAUAUUCGGGAAAUUAUAGAGCGGAUACACCAAAUGUCGAAGUCUCGAGCGGUAUUCCCGACAUAAACGAGGAUCCCUCGCCAAGAUGA